CCAUAUUGGAGUAAAGCUAUUGUUAUAAGGAGAGAGAGAGAAGGAGCAAGAGGGGGGCUGCUGCUGGCUGAGUUCAUCUUUUCUACUGUUGCGAUCUAAAUAUACAGGGUCUUUUCUACGAAGGGUCAUGAAAGAAAUGUCAGCAGCCAGUAAUAAUAUGCUUAGUGGGCAGCAGCCUCAGAAACACUUUGGCAUCACGUCCUCAAUCAGCCUGGCCUUUCCCAGGGAGAUAGACCGCCUGUACACUCAGAAGCUCAUAGAGGCCAUGAAACCUUUUGGAGUGUUUGAGGAUGAAGAUGAGCUCAAUCACAGACUUGCAGUUCUUGGAAAACUUAAUUCAUUUGUUAAAGAGUGGAUUGCAGAAAUCAGUGAAUCAAAGAAUCUGCCACCUUCAGCUGUAGUGAAUGUUGGAGGCAAAAUCUUUACCUUUGGGUCUUACAGACUGGGAGUGCACACAAAAGGUGCUGAUAUAGAUGCUCUUUGUGUGGCACCUCGUCAUGUUGAGAGGAGUGACUUUUUCUCAUCUUUCUUUGAAAAACUGAAACAGCAUGAUGAGAUCAAGGACCUACGAGCUGUGGAAGAUGCCUUUGUACCAGUAAUCAAAUUUAAGUUCGAUGGGAUUGAGAUUGAUCUUCUUUUUGCAAGACUUGCUCUGCCGUCCAUCCCUGAUAACCUGGACCUUAGAGGAGACUCUCUGCUUAGAAACCUGGACAUAAGAUGUAUUCGCAGUCUAAACGGUUGCCGUGUUACUGAUGAGAUCCUGUACUUGGUUCCUGAUAAAGAGAACUUCAGACUUACCUUGAGAGCGAUCAAACUGUGGGCUAAGCGCCGUGGAAUCUACUCCAACAUGCUUGGUUUCCUUGGUGGUGUGUCCUGGGCCAUGCUGGUAGCUAGAACCUGUCAGCUUUACCCAAAUGCUGUGGCUGCCACCCUUGUGCACAAGUUCUUUCUUGUCUUCUCCAAAUGGGAGUGGCCAAACCCUGUGCUUUUAAAACAGCCUGAAGACAGCAACUUGAAUCUGCCAGUCUGGGACCCACGGGUAAACCCUUCAGACAGAUACCAUUUGAUGCCGAUCAUCACACCUGCAUACCCCCAACAGAAUUCCACCUAUAACGUCUCCACUUCCACACGCACUAUCAUGAGCGAGGAAUUCAAAUAUGGCCUUACAGUCACAGAUGAAAUCCUUCAGGGCAAAGCUGACUGGUCCAAGUUGUUUGAACCGCCAAACUUUUUCCAGAAGUACAAGCAUUAUAUUGUGCUCACUGCCAGUGCAUCCACUGAGGAGAAUCACUUGGAAUGGGUUGGUCUGGUAGAGUCUAAGAUCAGAGUUCUGGUUGGCAAUUUGGAGCGCAAUGAAUACAUCACACUUGCACACGUAAACCCGCAGUCUUUCCCAUGGUCGAAGGAGAGCCGCAGCGAGAAUGAGUUUGUGUCAAUGUGGUUCAUUGGAAUCAACUUCAAGAAACUGGAGAAUGCUGAUUGUGUGAACAUUGACCUAACCUAUGACAUCCAGUCCUUUACAGACACCGUCUAUAGGCAGGCCAGCAACAUUAACAUGUUGAAGGAUGGGAUGACCAUUGAAGCCACACACGUGAAGAAGAAGCAGCUACACCAGUACCUGCCUGCUGAAAUGGUGCACAGGGGCAAGAAGAAGAGCCUGGGAGACCUGAACCGCAGUUCUAACAGUGGGGGGUCAAAACGUUGUUCACUGGACGGCAGUCAGCUCGAUAGUUCCAGAGAUACGGAUACAGGCACCCCUUUCAGCUCACCCACCCCAGUCAGUAAAGCAUGCAAAUCAGCAUCCACCCCUGGUGACAGUAUUACCCCUCCCAAACCUCCGGCCCCACUGUAUGUGGAAUGCUCCCCAGUCUCUGAGUCUUCUCCUUCUGGGAAAGAGCUGGGAAUGUCCAUACCAGUUAUUGGAGCAACCACGGUAAAGUCCACUGCACCCCCUGUAGGCAGCACUAUUCCCACUGUGGUGGGCCGAAACGUCAUUCCACGUAUGAGCUCACCAAACGCCAGCCCGUCUGACCUGCCCAACGGCCUUAAUGGAGCUGCCCCUAAGAGACCCCACUCACCCUCAUUGGAGGAGCCACCCAAGAAACUCAAAGACACAGAGCAGACGUUCUCAGAUGAUUCUGCUUUUAAAGAACCAUACCCACCUUCUAGUAAUGGACAGGAUCAAGGAGACGGCCCUGCAGUGGAGGGUCCUGCAAUGACAAAACCUAUGCCCAUUCCAACUAUUGAUACAUCAAGGACACAGAGGCUGCCCAGUAAGGAGCUACCAGAUGCCUCCUCUCCCAUUCCCACAAGCAACUUGCGUGUCAUUAAGAACUCAAUCAGGCUCACUCUUAACCGAUAACAGUGAGCUCUCCGCAGGUAAUGUUGAGCGUGGCAGCCACUCC